AUGGAGAGCAGCAAACCAAAACGGCGUCGUUCAGAAACCAGCAGCACCAAUCUCCGAAUUCCAGAAGGUAUCAUCUUAGAAAUAUUGUGGAGACUCCCCGUAAAAUCCCUCUUGAAAUUCAAGUCCGUUUCGAAACCAUGGCUUCGCUUAAUCUCCAGCAAAUACUUCAAGAAAACCUACAUCGAAAACUCAAGAAAGCACAAAGCUUUUCCGCACCACAGCAUCAUCUCGCCGUGUUGGAAUCCGGGAGGAAUGAUGAUUAAUUCGUGUCCGUUGUACGCGCUACUGACCGAACAAUCGACUCACGCGCCUCCUCUCGAUUGCCCUAAGGCUUGUUCAUCGGAGAUGUUAGUUUUGGGUUCUUGCAACGGUUUGAUCUGCGUCGGUGUCGGCCGAGACAAGAUUUUGUUGUGGAAUCCCGCGACGAGGGAGUCGAAGGAGUUGCCCUACUUCUUCGACGGAGUCAAUGAUAUCGAGUAUUGUGGUUUUAUAAGCUAUGGGUUUGGAAUAUUGGAUGAGAUUAGUGGUGAUAAUUACAAAGUUUAUGCUCUUUUUUAUUUGGCUUGUUGGGAUGAUGAAGGGGUGCCUUUAUUGUGUUCAAUGGGAAAAGUUUAUAGUUUAAAGUCGAAUUCUUGGGGAGAAACUGCGGUUUAUUACAACGAAACUCCGUUGCAUGGUGCAAUUGAGUCCGCGGGGAAGUUUGCGAGUGGGAAGCUUCACUGGAUAAGGAAAACAGCGGAAUCGAAAUGGGAGAUUGUUUUUUUGGACUUGACGAGCGAGACUUUUGGGGAGACGAGUCGUUGA